CGAUAUAAACUCUUACAUACCUUUCUAUUGUAAGACUUUCUGUUGGCAAUCCUACAUCGAAACGAAGCGUUUCUUGUGCCGUGUGCAUGGUGCGUCCAGUUCAGUGCAGUAGUUCAGUAGAGAACCAAGAUGGCUGAAGGAUGACAGUAUACAGCUGUCAAGCUGUAUCGACCAAAUAACAUUUCAAAGAAAUUGGAGGGAAAAUGUCUCAUGUGCAAUAUGUGGACGAAUUGGUAAAGGAGUAUUUGCUCUUCAGGGGUUUUAGUCAGACCUUAAAGACUUUUGAUAAUGAUCUGAAAGCAGAAAAGGAAAAGGGAUUUAGGGUAGAUAAAAUAAUCGAUCAAUUAAUGCAACACAUAUAUACCUAUGAUCUGACGUCGCUGAGAGAAUUAUGGGGACAUUUUGAUACUAGAAUGUUUUGCCGAUUAGAAAGUCAUUUUACACCUGCGAUAAGAAAGUUGGAGAAUUCCGUAUUAAAGAUGUAUUUGGUCAACGCAGCUGUGAAUGGUAAACAAGACAAGAUACAGGAAUUUUUCACCAAAAUGACACCAGAACUACAGGGCCAUUCGGAAUGGAAGGAAUGGUUUGCUUUUCCCUUUAUCAAAAAUCCCGAAGACAAUCCAGUUUACUCGGUCCAUUUUAGUAAACAGUGGCAUGAUACUAUGUUGGUAUCCUUACAUAAUUUUCUAGCAACAAUCUUUCAAUGUAUGCCUCAGCCAACAUUACUCACAAUUGACGAAGACACAAAUAAAUUAAAACGUUUGCAAGAGGAAAAUGAAACAUUGAGGCAACGGUUGAGCGAUUCUGUUAAAAUAGAAAGCGUAUGGGAUGUAAAUCCAGGUCCGGCACCUCAGCAACCCCCCCUCAUGGAUGAUUUUUACAUUAUUGCUCAAGAGUCGCCAUUACUGGAAAAUCCAAAGACGCUGAGGAAUCUCAUAAGAAAUAUUGGCGGUGGGUCUAGUCCAAUACUAAGUAGAAAGCCUGCAACAAACAUAAAAAAAAAUACGGAAUCUGAGAUGGUCUCAACUAAACGAACGAAUACGAAAGGACGGGUGAAUUCGAUCAGUAAGUCCGAGGCGGUCGCUAAGAGGAGCAUCAGCUGUGAUUCAAGAUUAAAUAGUUCUAGGAAAAGAGACUCUUCUAUAGACACUGCUAUCGAAAGAAAAACUAAGGAAAAAAUAGACUCCAGUUAUAUUCUUUUAAGUCAGGAGGAAUAUACAGAGCACAAAACCUCUAUAAUUCAAUGCAAAAGUAAUGCGAGUGGAUCGUAUGUCGCAACGGGCGACGCCGAUGGUGUUAUUAAAGUAUGGACACCGAUUCCUUCACCAAAGACUGUUACUACGUUCUCUUCUUCUACGGCAAAUUCUAACAAAGCUAUCACCUCGUUGGAUUGGAUAUCGAAAAAUGAACGUUAUUUUCUGCAUGGCGACAAUAAUGGUUUAAUUCAAUUGCACGACACGCGAGACUGUAAAACGCUCUGGGAUAUCCAGCACGACAAUUCGCGGAUCGUCACUUUAAUAUGCAAUCCGACGGAAUCUACCUUCGUUUGCUCUGUGUCAGAUGGAAAUGAAGGAAAAUUGUUGCUGUAUGAUAUAAAAACGAAGAAGCUCGAAAGAACAUUGCCGCUAGAACAGAACGUUACUGCUUUAUGUUCCGCUUUUAAUCAUAAUGGCCAAUUACUUAUCACGGGAUUGUCCAACGGCAAUAUACUGAUACAUGAUCUGAGGCGAAACGAGAUAAUAGACAAUCUCAACUGCCACUCUAGCCCAAUAAUAGAUAUAGAGUUAAUUAAUGACUUUACGAAUAUAUGUGCGCAAAGUGAGGACGGUAAACUAUGCCAAAGAAGCUUGAAUCACUUUGGAAAGAUCUUGUGGGAGACCAAAAUUAAAAUCGAGAAAAAUCCAGUUCAUGGAAAAUUAUUUACUUUUGAUCAGACUGGCAAUUAUAUGUUACUCUGCACACAAACUGGAGGAAAUAUAUAUAAGAUGCCACCAGGUGCGCAAGGAAAGAUUUUAGAGCUAGGCGGACACAAAGGUACUCUAUGCUGCGACUGGUCGACUGCCAAUCAAUCUGGAACUUGUAUAACCGGAGGUGCAGAAGGGAAAGCACGAGUAUCAACACUACUCUCACCAUGAUAUAGAAACAAAAUUAGCAUUUGUGUAAAUUCGUAAGACAAAUAGGCAAUUACUGAUGAUAUUAAUUGAAGAUCUUGUAGAUAUUAUUUUAUUUACUAUAUUAAACUUUCAAGUGACUAGAUAGAAUAUACGAGUUUGUGAUGUGUGGAAUAAGUACAUCAUAUUGGAUUUAAGAUAUUACAUUACAUCGCCAAAGCGUGGGUAAAGAAAAGAUUCGAAUAUUUUACGAAAAGUACAAUGUAUCAUCACUCUGGCAGUAAUUACAAUAAUAUAAUAACAGUCUUUUAUCUCUUUUAAAAAACAA